GGCUGGCUCAAGAAGUGCUACCAGAUGAUUGACAGGCGGCUGAGAAAGAACCUGAAGGCUCUGGUCAUCACUCAUCCCACCUGGUUCAUCAGGACAGUGCUCGCUAUCUCCAGACCCUUCAUCAGUGUGAAAUUCAUGAACAAGAUCCAGUAUGUCCACAGUCUGGAUGAGCUGGCAGAGAUUGUGCCUAUGGAACACGUGCAGGUCCCCGAGUGUGUGAUGCAAUUCGAGGAAGAGAGGAUUAAAGCUCGAAAGGAAAGGAUGGAGCAGGAGCAGAGGCAGCAGGAACAGCCUCCGCAGCCAAACACACACGAACCAGCCAAGACAGAGAGGCCGAAGUCAAUGAUUGCAGAGCAGGGAUUGUAGACUUGACGAAAGAACCAAGUGGCUGAGAGAAGCGUGAAGUCAACGUUGUCACAACAAGCAAGGGGACGACGAGAAAGCCUAAAUUGUACUGUAUAGUACAUACCCAUAUCCAAACACAUCCAACCAAGAGAGAAACAUGCGUAUACCAUGCAGGGGGCGCUACAUCCCCCAGCCAGCCCCCCCCCCCCCCCCCCCCCCCCCCCCCCCAGCCAGCCUCCAUGUCUCCUCCACCCACACACGCAGUGGUAUGUGUUGCUACGGAACACUACAACUUCCCAGGAAGGGUUAGUUCUACCUAGUACCUUGGUAAUCACCCUCUAGAAUGUUCUGAAGACGUUACACCACCAGGACAGUACCUCUGAUGUUUCGUACCGGCACUCUAUGUUACGACCUACAGAACGAGUACACACACACACCUAGUCCCUUGCACACAAACUCCCACAACUUGGCCCCACCAUUGGCAUGUUCAUCUCAUAUCAAUUUGAAUAUGAUACCGCUUGUGAAUGGCUAUGUGGAUGAUGUGAGGAAAGUUAUGAAGGAAGAUACCAUUUGGAGUUGCUCCAACUGUGUGCUGUUUUUAUCAAGGCAAAAGGCCAACAACUCUCAAUGCCAUUGGCUUGCUGUGUUUCUAAAGCAAUGUUAGUAAACAUAGAUAACUCAGAGCUGGCUGGGGCCUAUACCGAAUUUUGGCAUCAACUAUCUAAUAAAACAUCCAGUGUUAGUCUGUUUGUUCAAUUUUCCUUCCAGACACCAUCAUGUUACCAGUGAUCUAUGCUUAAUGGUGUGUCAUUAAGAGGAAGCUUUCUAUGUUAGCUGCCUUCAACCCAGCUUCAUUUUUACUUACAAAUCUGUCCUUGAUAAAAAUGUAUUCCAGGUCAAAAAUCUCUGGAACAGAGGUUUUUGUGAUCCUCGCGCUGCGCAUGCAUUUAUUUGGGGUGGGGGUGGGGGGGGGGAGAUUGAUCAAGGGUUGAGGCAUUUUCUGACUGUGAUUUCUGUUGUGGGACGUUGUCAGUACAGUCAUAGCAUGCAGACAUAUUAGCAUGAGUUCAAAUGCCCCAAUCCAAUUCUGGGAUCGGUUCGUCCCUGUUGAUGUUUCGACUUCCUGUUCUGAUGCUUGCCCACGUCCCUGACAGUAGCAGGCAGGCCGUUUUUAUUUUUGUAAGAAUUACAUACAUUUGCUGCCUAUGUAUUGUAAGUUUUGUUUGUACUCUUAAAUAUCAAAUUGUCAAACGAUUGUCAUCUAAUGGUAAGCAUUGAAUCUAUGUAUGUUUGGGGACCGUGUCGUUCUCAUGAUAUGUAUAAAUCAAAUCCUUAUUUUGUACACUGAUAUUAGCACUGUCAAGCAUUAUUUUGUUACAUGUUCAUAGUCUGCUCUCAUGUAGAGGAAUGACCAUAUGCCUAUGUUCCUGAAGUGCUAUACAAUUCCACUUUGGAAGCUUAAAGGACACAUGCAAAGGACUUAAACGUAGCUUCCAGUGGACAACACUGAGGGCUUUGCUUAUUGGCUAGGCGGAGAUAUGGGGGAUUAGAAAAAGUUCACUGAUAGCUUACUCAUAGUAGAGUCCAUGCAAGAAUGUAGGCUAGAUACAUUUGCCUUUUGUUUUUAUAGUCUAUUAACAUGAUUCAUGUCAAAAGAUGGCACGCAGUGCAUUCUGCAGUGUCUUAUUUUCCUCUGUGUUAGUUGGAUGACCUGAGACCUCAAUUGCAUUGCGUGCCUGCUUUUGAACCAAAUUCUACACAGAAGUCAAAGUGUGGAAUGUAUUUUAUUUUCACAUUCAGCGGGCCAUAUCUAUGGUUGCGACUUUUCCUAGUCAUUGCCAAGAAAGUUCAGUCCAAAAGGAAAUGUUUGAUAUAGAUUGAUAUUGUUAUCAAAAGUGUAUAAUAGUAUCUCGUUUCAGUAAAUGUAGUAUUUUCAAUGUAAAGAAAUCCCUUAGUUUAAAUAUCGCUAUGAAUGACGUUUUUUGGUUCAUUCGAUAAAAGCACAAUAUGUCAAAGAUGAUCAGUUGACUGAUUUGUCUGCUCCAAAAUACAACAUAUGUAGCUUAUUUUGUUUGGUCAGAUUUCAACUAGAGACAAUGGGUAAGAUGUAUCCAAUGUAGUGUCCGUCUGUCUUGCUUUGCAGUUUGGAUUUGGGGGCAGCCCCUGUCUGUCAUGUCAAUAAGCAGAAAUAAACCGUUCCA